CGACUCUCUCCGACCUGCCGCAACCUCCACAGGCCGUCGGCAAGUCAGUUGACUUUCUUCUCCAUCUAUCUCUCUCUUCUCCUCUUUCUUUUUCCCUUCUCUCCUCCUCCACAGUCGUUUGGAUAAAUCUCCCCUCUUUUCAAUUUCUACUAUCCCCAGGCGAUAAGCUUGGUUGUGCGCCCAUCAUGUCCAACACCACUCAAAAGCCCCUCCCUUUUCAGUACCAGUUUGCUGCUGGUGCAGUGGCCGGUAUUUCUGAGAUCUUGAUCAUGUACCCAUUGGAUGUGGUCAAGACACGAGUUCAGCUUCAGGGCGCUGCCGUCGCCGGUGAGGAAUCGUAUAAUGGCAUGUUCGACUGCUUCCGCAAGAUCAUCAAGAAUGAAGGUGCCUCCCGUCUAUACCGUGGUAUCUCCGCUCCCAUCCUGAUGGAGGCCCCCAAGCGUGCCACAAAGUUCGCCGCCAACGAUAGCUGGGGCGCUUUCUACCGCGGCCUGUUCGGUGUCGAGAAGCAGACCCAGUCGCUGGCUGUGCUCACCGGUGCCACCGCCGGUGCUACCGAGUCCUUCGUCGUUGUUCCCUUUGAGCUUGUCAAGAUUCGUCUCCAGGACAAGGCUUCGGCAGGCAAGUACAACGGCAUGCUUGAUGUCGUCAAGAAGAUCGUCAAGACCGAGGGUCCCCUCGCCAUGUACAACGGUCUCGAAUCUACCCUGUGGCGCCACAUCCUCUGGAACGCCGGUUACUUUGGCUGUAUCUUCCAGGUCCGCGCUCAGCUCCCCGCCGUCGAGCCCGGCAACAAGAGCCAACAGACCCGUAAUGACCUGAUCGCCGGUACCAUCGGUGGUACUGCCGGUACCGUCCUCAACACCCCCAUGGACGUGGUCAAGUCCCGCAUCCAAAACACCACCAAGGUGCCCGGCCAGACCCCCAAGUACAACUGGGCCUGGCCUGCCCUGGGAACCGUCAUGAAGGAGGAGGGCUUCUCCGCCCUGUACAAGGGUUUCACUCCCAAGGUUCUCCGUCUCGGUCCCGGUGGUGGUAUCCUCCUGGUCGUUUUCACCGGUGUCAUGGACUUCUUCCGUGGUAUGCGCGGGGAAUAGAUGGUCAAAAAUUUUCGAUAGAAGCCAAACAAAAAAAUCAAAAUUUCAAGCAAAAAUUCUUUUCGGCCAAGACAGAGCGCAAAACGCAAAAAAGACGAUACCC